UUCAAGCAAUCUCUUGGCUGAAUCUCUGAGAUCUAGCCUCAUCGGUUAUCAGGGUUGUGGAUCCAGGCAGGGCAGGUUACCCGCCGCUGCUCCGCAUCUUGAAGUCCAGUCGGACUACUUUAUUCCAAAAAUGCAUCAACCGGCCGCCCACUUGGAGACUUUCCACGGUAAAUGUGUGUGGGGUAUUGAGUUAGUAUAGCUACAAGGGAAGCUUCCUCUUCAUUGUCUUCACGAAAUACCUCUCGUCUUUUCGGGGAUCUGGUGGACACCGGGCAAUCAUCCGACAUUUCCCCUCGCCUCUUAGACCAAGGGUUGCAGGUAAAAAGUCUUUCGGAGUUGCUGAUACAUGAUUUCAGUGUCUAACAACCUCGUUCCUCUCGCUAUCAUCAAAGGCGCUGGCCACGAGUUCAUCCCCCUUCCCCAGGGCGAGAACGCAACUACAGCCGAUUUCCACUCAAUCCGGACCAAGACUGAUUCAUUCCCCUCAUACUUUACCUCUGGAUUCUAUAAGAUCGAGGCGGGGCCGCAAAGACCGGCACACUACACUUUUUAGGAGACCAAGUAUGUCCUCAAUGACCAGAUUGAUAUUUUGGACGAGGCUACUGGAAUCACCCAUCACCUAGUCCCAGGAGACUUUACUUUCCUCCACGUCGGAUCCAAGGUCAAGUUCUCGACCAAGUCCUACGGUUUGGCCUUCUACACCGUUACUCGACCUGUUCGAAACCUUCACCCUAACCUGAAAGACCGAGAGGAAAAAGCCAGG